CGCUCUCACACCUGGCUCCUCUCCUAAAAUCCUAACUAAUUGAGAUAUGUAUAUUCACCCUCUAGUAUUCUGAUAUAUAUAUAUAUACACACACACACACACACCACCUCUGGUGUUUUUCAAAUAUGUAUACAUAUGUGCUCGUGCGUGUAGUAAAUACGUAUACCCUCUAGUUCUCCAACUUGGCUUCUCUACUAAAAUCCUAACUAAUUAAAUAAAAACACAAUUAUUCCUCUGCAAUUAAUCGAAGAAGAAGAUGAUGAGCAAGAUAAGUAUGGUGGAAUCGAAGUUGCCGGCGGGGUUUAGGUUUCAUCCGAAGGACGAAGAACUCGUCUGCGACUACUUGAUGAAGAAGGUGACUCGCCGGACUUCCUUCGAUUUCUUCAUCGACGUUGAUCUCAACAGCUGCGAACCUUGGGACAUUCCUGAAACUGGAUGUGUGGGAGGGAAAGAAUGGUAUUUCUACAGUCAACGUGACAGGAAAUAUGCGACCGGAGCCAGAACAAACCGGGCGACGGCGUCGGGCUACUGGAAAGCCACAGGGAAGGACAGGGCAGUCCUGCGCAAGGCCACACUUGUAGGGAUGAGAAAGACUUUGGUGUUUUACCAAGGCAGAGCUCCAAAGGGAACUAAAACUGAUUGGGUCAUGCAUGAGUUCAGAAUCGAAGGACCCCACACCCCUAAGAAUGAAGAAGAUUGGGUGCUGUGUCGUGUGUUCUACAAGAAAAGAGAAAAUGUUGGAAAUAUGAAAAGCAACUGGUUCGAUGAUACAGGCUGUUCUUCGUCUCUUCCGCCAUUAAUGGAUUCUUACAUCACAUUUGAUCAAACUCAACCAAACUUACAUCAUGAUCAUCAUCAUCAACAUCAUGAUCAUGAGCAAGUGCCCUGCUUCUCCAUUUUCUCCCAAAACCCUAAUUUUACCAACCAAUUACUUCCAGUCACUGCAGACCAUCAUCAUCACGAAGAUCGCCACGAUCAUCAUCUUUCCAGCUCUGAUAACAACUUCAUAAAAGCUGUUUUGAAUCAGCUUACCAACAAUAUCAAAACAUCGCCAAGCAUGGCGGAAGCUGCAAGUUCAGACAGCUUCUUGUCCGAAGUGGCUAUGCCCACUACUGCUCUAUGGAACCAGUAUUCAUAACGUAUACAUUUACAUGUAUGUAAUUAUGUUUAGAUGCUAUGUAAUUGCAGAUAAGUCGAUAGACUCUAUGUUUUGUUGGUUUUAAAUAUUUAUUAAAAAAUUAUAAAAAUAAAA